CGGCAGCAGGCACAGUUCGAGUCGCAGCCACAACGACCGCAUCAUGAAGCUCCUGGUUGUGCUGGCCGUGCUGGGCGCUGCUGCCGCUGCUGAAGAUCAGAAGGCUGACGACGCUACCCUGUACUCCACCUACGCCGCUCACCCAUUGGGCUACACGGCCGGCUACCCGUACGCCUUGAACACGCACCCGACCGUGUACAACAGCGCUUACAGGGUCCCCACCACGUACGCUUACAACGGCUUCAGCGCCUACAACGGCUACACCCCGAUCGUGCACUCGCUGAAGAAGCGUGACACCGCUGAGGCGGACCAGAAGGCUGACGACGCCACCCUGAUCUCCACCUACGCUGCCCACCCCGUGGGCUACACGGCCGGCUACCCGUACGCCUUGAACACGUACCCGACCGUGUACAACAGCGCUUACAGCGUCCCCACCACGUACGCUUACAACGGCUUCAGCGCCUACAACGGCUACACCCCGAUCGUGCACUCGCUGAAGAAACGUGAUACCGCUGAGGCGGACCAGAAGGCUGACGACGCCACCCUGAUCUCCACCUACGCUGCCCAUCCCGUGGGCUACCCGUACGCCCACGCCGGCUACUCUACGCCCUAUGCGUUCCGCAGCGUGUACAACACCCCGGCCAGCACCCACCCCAUCACCUACAACGCCUUCCCCUACGCCUACCGCUCUCAUGUGUACUAGAUGAUGGCGAUGCCGGAGAAGCAACGCGACGUGGAGAUCGCCUGUGCCUGCCGUUGCAAUGAGCGUGAUAGCUUGCUGCCUUUGCACCGGAUGUGGAGACUUGUGUUUUCGCUAAGUUGAGUGCGAACGCUUGUGCCUGUCCAUGCACUGAGUCCACAAGCAUGCAUGCGUCCUGCUAAUUGGUUUGGAGACUGGUGUUGACCACGCGUUGAUGGCUGCGACUUGCAACUUUCUAAGCUCACGGACGUUGAAUUCCAUGUGGCCUUAAAAGUUCGGAACUGUAAUAAAAGAUCAUCAAAAUUACGUACCAUAA